AUGAAAUGUGAUGGAAAACCAUCGCACAAUAUCUUAAAGAGAAGUACUUCUGGAAAUGUACGAUGUGAUGAAUAUGCCAAUGAUUUAGAUAUUAUUUCUCGUUUUCCAUUUACUGUUGGUCUUGAUUAUAGACAACAAGGACCUGAUAAGUCUACGGCAUUUUUAGAUUCGACAAACACUUCUGUAGUGAUGAUUCAACUUCGACAAGCUUGA